AUGGAGUGUUCCGUUUGUUUGCAAGACUAUGCGCUGCCCAGCCGUGUGCCACAGGUGCUGAACUGUGGGCAUACCUUCUGCAGCAGCUGCUUAGAGCAGGUUGCAAAUGCUGGAAAAUUCAGGUGUCCAACUUGUCGAGAGGAGAGCUCCGCAACUGAGAUACGUGUGAAUUUCGCCUUGCGAGACGCGCUCGUUGGAAAGGAGUCUCCGUCCACGGUGGCUGCAUCUAGAAUCAUCGAGGCAGAGGCCAUAGACCCUCCCACUGAAGAUGAGGAGGCCGUGACUUUGCGAAUGCAAGCAACUGGUGCGGAGGAUGAGAUGCUGAUCUCCAUCGUUCCACCAUUGGGCAGCGUCCGAGCGCCAUCGGACAUUUGUUGCGUUGUCGAUGUGUCCACAUCCAUGGCAGCUGAGGCCAUGCUGGCAGAUGGCGCUGGUGUGUCGGUAAGUCAUGGGCUUGCCCUCAUAGACAUAGUCAAGCACGCACUCCGGACAGUGAUCCAUCUGCUAAACGGCCGAGACAGGCUGGCUUUGGUAGCCUACAGCAAUACCGCAAGAGUCAUCCUGGAGCUCACGCCCAUGACUGCAGAGGGUCAGCAACGAGCCGAGCUGCGACUACACCAGCUGCUGCCCGAUGGCAUGACCAACAUUUGGGCUGGGCUCGAAGCAGGCAUCCAGCUCCUCGCAGCUGCAUCGGACGGCAUGAGGCUGCAACAUUUGCUACUGCUGACGGAUGGGAUCCCGAACAUCAAUCCACCACGUGGCAUUGUGCCAAUGCUCAAGAGGCUCAAAGAGAAGUGUGGAGGAAGGCUUCCGUGCAGCGUGAACACCUUUGGCUUCGGUUAUGAGCUGGACAGCGAGUUGCUUCAUGAGCUGGCACGGCUCGGUUCUGCCUCUUAUGCCUUCAUACCCGAUGCCGGCUUCGUGGGCACAGUCUUCGUGAAUGCUGUUACGAACUUGUUGGUGACCAUGGGGGCCAACCCCGUGCUGAAGCUGACUGCCAGCGGUGGUAUUUCACUGUCGCCGUGCGCUGUUCCUGGUGGCUUGGCCAUCAAGCAAGCUGCUGGUGGCUUGCAGGUGGAUCUUUCCGGACUGCAAUUUGGCCAGUCUCGGCAUGUCCUCCUGCGUCCAUCUGUGGCUUCAGACGCACACAGUGCCAUAUCGCUGACGCUGGAGUACGACACACGCAGCCGAGCUAGACGCAGCGUGUCGCUGUGCUGCAUGCUCUGUGACCUGCUUCCGGCGGAAGAAGGCAUCGCUCAGAAGUCCCGAGUCCUGCUUGUGGACGGUGUGCGGAUGGCGAUGCGUACCUUGAAGCAGACCCAGCUGGACAAGCUGAAGGAGGUGCCGCUGCCCCUCCCCAAGGCGCAGGAGCUGAUCACGGAACUAGAGAGCUCCAUCAGAGCGCUGGGUGGAAGCUCCGAGGCCGUGGAAGCCUUGCUGGAGGACUUAUCUGGGCAGGUGGCUGAAGCCUUCUCUCGCGAGGAGUGGUACACGAGGUGGGGCGUCCACUUUCUUCCAUCGCUACUUUGUGCACAUGCUUCCCAACAAUGCAACAACUUCAAGGACCCUGGAGUUCAGCACUACGGAGGUGAUCUGUUUGCCGACUUGCGAGACCAAGCUGACGAGGUCUUUUGCAGCCUCGAGGCCCCGAAGCCGCAGCUGCGGUCUCCACCGCCGCCGCCGCCGCCUCCUCCGGUGCAGAUGCAGGCUACCCCGACUUCCCCUCCAGUGUGUCCUGCUGCAGCUGUGCGGACUGCUCCCCUUGUGGACAUGUCCCGCUACUACGAUGCAAGCGCUGGCUGA